GUUGCGGUAAGCAGCUGCAUCCGAGCAAGUGACAACGAGAGUCUAAGUAAUAAGCGGCAUAGGCGUAUUGACAAGUGGAUAGCUGCCAUUCUGGUAACAUCUUGACGCAUUCUGCUCCAUCCACAGUCAUGAAGGGGCUAGUCACCCUGUUCGCUGUCGCCUACCAUCCCUUCGUGAAGCAUGUACCCUGGAACGGAUUCUGCCACUCUGAGAGUGGGCCAACUUAAUGGCUACGUGUGAGAUAAUGUGAUGAUCUUGAACUAAGACUGGGGUGGUAUUUCAAUCUAGAGAGUACUCAUAAACAACAGACAUUGUGCAGCUUUAGGACUGGACUAAUAAUCCGAAAACGAAUUGCAUCUAUCAACCAUGUCGCAGACUCAAGUCCAGACUACUACCGCAACACUCACAGUGGAUGCGGUAGACGGUGAAACUCGCCAAAAGGUCUCCGAGAGUGCGAUUGCUGCUGAUGGCUUGAAAUUCACACAAAUUCCUACCUUCGACAACCUUCUACACAAACGUCGGUGGCAGCUCGAGCACAUGGCUGGCGCGUUCCGCGUAUUUGCCCGCAAGGGCUAUACUGAGGGCACCAGUGGCCACAUCAGCGUCAGAGACCCAAUCAACCCAGACACAUUCUGGAUCAACCCUCUCGGAUAUCACUUUGCACUGCUGAAAGCCAGCGACAUGGUGCAUGUCGAUGAGCUCGGAAACGUUAUUGGAGGGAAUCGAGCCGCGAUCAAUGUCGCUGGCUUCAUGAUCCAUUCGGCCAUUCACAGAGCGAGACCAGACGUUCAUGCUGCAUGCCAUACGCAUUCAGUUUACGGAAAGGCUUGGUCAACAUUUGGAAAGCCUCUCGAUAUUGUGAAUCAAGAUGCAUGCAUGUUUUGGAAUAAUCAUGUCGUUUAUUCCACCUUUGGAGGCAUGGUCCUUGAGAAAGAAGAGGGCGAAAGAAUCGCCGCAGCCCUUGGUCCGCGCGCUAAAGCGGCGAUUCUUCAAAAUCACGGGAUCCUUACAGUAGGAGGAACCGUGGACGAGGCCGCAGCAUACUACACUCUCUUUGAACGGGCUUGUCAAAUUCAGCUUCUCAUCGAGUGCACUGGUCUUGAGAAAGUUGUUAUUAGUGACAAGGAGGCCGAAUACACUCAAAAGGCUGGAAUAGACCCCGAGGCACUCUACACAGAUUUCCAGCCGGACUUCGCCUACGAACUCCACAAGUCUAAGGGUCAAUUGCUUAACUAGGGCUGCUGGGGGUCCCUCACUUGGUCUGGAACCAGCAUACUCAACAUGUGAUCUUGAAUAGAUUUCGAUAGCAUCAAAGUCGACAUUUGCCUGAAUCAUUAAGUUGUCGUACUGGAUAUCAUACGCUUGAGUAAUGGUUCCUACUUGGAACAUAGCAAGGUUGUGGCGUUUACUCCCACAAAUCAAUAUUCAAAAGACCGGUUUUAGAAGGUAGACCGGCGUGAAUGUUUAUGAAUAGUAUAUGGCACAACUCUGGCUCCGUUAGAGCCACCAUAAUUUGAUAGCCAUUAAGGGGUGCUGUAAAUAUGUGUGUAUUUUGUGUAAUCG